UUACUAACUUGCCCUUAUGUAAUUUCUUUUUUAAUUUUAUUUCUAUCGCUCAUUUAAAAAAAUCCUAAAAUAAAAAGGGGCCCACCACCACCCCCAUUACCCAAUCUAGUUAAGAUUGUUACCACCGUUCCCAGCUUCACCCUUCUUCCUUCAAUCUUCAUCCUCACAAAACUCACCCCUUGACACUCUCUCUAGCAAACAAACGUCAGAAACGGUUUUAAUCCCGGCGAGGCAGUCACUUCGAAGAUGCCUCCCUCUCUAAUGAUUGACAGGUGUGAGUUCCCAACCCACAUUGAUUCAGUCUAGUCGGUUCCAAAAUUAGGGGGAAGUGGAAUAUGAGGGAUGGGAGGUGGUUGGUUGAAUGAUUAUUGGGGUUUGAAUCGCUAAUAAUGAUUUUGUAUGUGGGUUUGAAAUUUCUUUAAUGGGUAACCGAGAAGACGGAUCAGAUGAGGAGGAAAGGUUGUUGAAAGAAAGAUAGGAAACACCACAACCAAGAGAUGACAGUGAGAGGGGAAACAUCAAAGAGAGACGUAAUGAAACAGAGUGUAUCGGAAUUGCUGGUUGUGUUCGAGAUCAUGCUUGACUGAACGGAAGGUGGGGAAACAGAGCUAUUUAGGUAGUCAAUGGUUCCUGGCCUUGGAUUAGUUACGCCGUCGGUUUGGCCACCUCCAACCACGAUUGCCUUCGCCGGAUAUUAUGGUAGUGAUGACUCCUGUCUUCUUUAAGUGUGAGGGUACUGGAUGAUGAAUCCAAGGAAACUUACAACUCCCGUUCUUUUGGUCCAUGUGGCUUGAGUAGUGGUGGUUAUGGUCAAUGGUGGCGGCUAGGGUUGCGAUGGGAAGAAGAAAGACGAGCGUAGGUGAUGAUGAUGAAGUUGAACGAUUUUUGGGUUUUGUGUAUGUUGAUUUUGGAGUGUGUACGAGUUUGUCGUACUCGAAUCUGAACCUACAUCUUCAUAUGAUUCAUCACUGUGUGUGUGUGUUGUAUCAGGGAGAAAAAUGACAUCAUUGUGUUUGUGUUGUAUCCGGGAGAAAAAUGAACGUUAUAUGGACUUUGUGCAUGAUGAUGUUGCUUUCGUUGUAAUUGAAGUUUCAAUUGUUUUCAAUCGAAACUAGAUGUGUUUGAUUUGCAAUAGAAUUUGGUGGCGGUGUUUUGGGUUGAGAGAGAGAGAGAGAGAGAGAGAGAGAGAGAGAGAGAGAGAGAGAGAGAGAGAGAGAGAGAGCAUUUUAUUUAUAUAAUUAUAGAAAAGAAAUAAAAAUGAAAAAAUAAAUAUAGUAAGACUAAUUUUGUCAUUGGACCAAAAACAUGAUCAAAAGACUAUAAUCUAAAAAAGUUGAAGUUUUGACCAAAAACCAAAGAUCAUUUUUACAAUUUUGUCUAAUCACAUAAGGCCAUUUGCAAUACUUGUCACGAGCAACGCAACCAUAGAGACCAACACGAAGCACGAACUGGUGGUGGUGUACCAGUGACGAACACGAACGGAAAGAGAGGAAGAAGAAGGUCGGCUGAGAGAGGCAACUCCGUGGUCCUCCGUCUUCCCCACCACGAAUCACCACGACCAUGAUGGUCCGGGAUGAUGUGCACGGAAAACGCUCGUGGCCACGUAGACCACGAGCCCCUUCGUUGCCGGUAUACGAGUUGCCGGUAUACCAGAAGGCCUAAUACAUACUAUUUUUAAAGCUAAAGCUUUUGGGUUGAGUGGCCAAUUAGUGUGCCCAAGAACAAAAACAAGUGAUUUCAAGUUCCAAAAAAUUCCGCACAUCUGCAGAGAAAAAAAUUCCGCACAUCCAUUCCAAAACGGUCAUGAAAACCCCACCCCAUCUUAACCGGACAAAGCCCGAUGAGAAAAAAAACCCGGUCCUGUACACCUCUAUUUCUUAGAACGGACCCUUUACUUUCACUUUCCAAAGGCUGCCUGCUUCCCACUCCUUCAGCUCCCCCGCUCACACUCCCCGAGUUUGCUGUCCACCACCGGCUACUGGUCUCACGGUAUUUCGCCACUGGCCGCCGCUCUGCACCGGUGAUCCGACAGAGUGUUUCUGUCACCGCUUUUCGCUCUCCUUAGUUUUAAAUCCCCUAAUAUAUACCUUUAAGACAACGGCUAUAUGGAGAACCUUCCAGACGAUGUUCUAUCAAACAUAUUCAUCAGGUUAUUGGCAAAACAACUUGCUCAAAUGAGGUGCAUUUGUAAAGAUUGGAAUGCACUCUUAUCUAAAUCCUCCUUUGUAAAAUCCCACCUCCAUCAUUCUAUCCAAAACAACGAUGAUAUUUUCUUACUCUUCAAAUGGGGACAUUUUCUAGGUUGUAAUCCAUUCAUAGCACGCCCAGUUCAUUCUCUCGCUAUCAAACCAACUAAUUUCAUAAAAUUGCCGGUCAAUUUCCAAUCUAAAAAUAGUUUUAAAUACCGCAAUGUCAUUGGAUCUGUGAACGGAUUAAUAUGCUUUAGUUACAACUUGUAUGAUGGUGGUUAUGUUGUUCACAUAUGGAACCCUUCUCUCUCGGCUGUGUUAACUCUCCCGCCAUGUUCAUCGCGCUCCCGUAAUUCAGAAACUAUCCUUUUCCGAUUUGGGUAUGAUCCCAAAACCGAUGAUUACAAAGUUGUUAAGAUUACAUGCCUUUCUAACCCACGCAGAAUAGAACCCCAAGUUGAGGUUUAUAGCAUGAGAAAGGGUUCCUGGGAGUUGAUAUCUCAAAGCUUUCCAUCGCACAUCACAAUAAUUAUGGAUCAUGAUGAUGUUUGUGUAGAUGGUCAUAAUGGCCAUCUUCAUUGGUUUGGUUCUACUGGUUUGGAGUGGAAGCCAGAAACGAUAUUGGCAUUUGAUUUGGGUGUAGAGACAUUCAGUGAGAUACCUCCUCCUCCAGAUUCUUUACUACAUCACCAUGGACACUGCUUCAGUGUGUUGGGAGUUUUGGGUGGAAAAUUUUGUUUGAUGUCAAGUGUUAGAGAUGGUAAAUGUGAGGUGUGGGUGAUGGAUGAGUAUGGGGUGGCUGAAUCAUGGGUCAAACGUCGUUUCUGUUUGUAUGAUCCAGUUGCAGCCCGGAGUAAAAUCUUCAAGAUUAAGGGUGAUGGACAAUUCAUAACCAAGAUUGUGGAGUAUGUUGACAGUCUUGUUUGGGUAGCACCUGCCAAGCAUGAGUUGUCAAAAUGGCAUGUCUUGAUUUCUAUUUUGAAUAGAAAUCAGCUGUUAAAAGGGCUUCAAAUGGCAAUAACAGGCAUCUUUCGAUUUCUAUUUCAAAGAUGAAUCAGCUGUUAAAAGGCCUACAAAAGGCAAUACGUCAGCUCCACUUCUUCUGUAUUUUGGUGUUACUAGUCUGCAUGAUGUCAUGUUUCUUGAUUAGUUUUCUGUCAACUAUAUUUUUUUUAAGUGCAUUACAUCUAACACUCUCGCUUGUGAGCAUGCUGUGUUUAACUUUUGCAUGUUGGUUCGUUUUUAAUUUAUAUUAGUGGUAUUUAUGGUUUGUUUGUGUUAUUUUUUUUAUAUAAGCAUUGAAUA